AUGGCCGUGGCUCGGGUCUUCCUCUGCGCGUUAUGCGUGCUGCGUGUGGCGCUGGCCGCCGUCUACUUCCAGGAGGAGUUUCCAGACGGAGAGCGCUGGAGGAACCGAUGGGUGCAAUCCACUAAUGACUCCCAGCUUGGGCAUUUUAGACUCUCAUCAGGAAAAUUUUACGGCCAUAAAGAGAAAGACAAAGGUCUGCAAACCACUCAAAACAGCCGAUUCUAUGCCAUCUCUGCACGGUUCAAGCCGUUUAGCAAUAAAGGGAAGACACUAGUCAUUCAGUACACAGUGAAACACGAGCAGAAGAUGGACUGUGGAGGGGGCUAUGUUAAGCUCUUCCCUGCGGACGUGGAUCAGAAGAACCUGAGUGGAAAGUCCCCUUACUAUAUUAUGUUUGGACCUGAUAUUUGUGGAUUUGAUAUCAACAAAGUUCAUGUUAUUUUACAUUUCAAGAAUCAAUAUCAUGCAAACAAGAAACCUAUCAGGUGUAAGGUUGAUGGCUUUACACACCUCUACACUCUGAUCUUAAGACCAGAUCUCACUUACGGGGUGAAAAUUGACGGCCAAAUGAUUGAAUCCGGCAGCAUUGAGUAUGACUGGAACUUAACGUCAUUGAAGAAGACAGAGAAGUCUUCAGCAGAGUCCAAGGAGAAAGAGAACAAACCCCAGGACUGGGAGAAGCAUUUUCUGGAUGCCAGUGCCAGCAAGCCAAGUGACUGGAACCACGAACUGGAUGGGGACUGGCAGGCGCCGAUGCUGCAGAAGCCUCCAUACCAGGAUGGUCUGAAACCGGAAGGUAUAGAUAAAGACGUUUGGCUCCAUCAAAAGAUGAAAAACACCAACUAUUUGAUGGAAUACGACCUCUCAGAAUAUGAGAACAUCGGUGCCAUCGGGCUGGAACUUUGGCAGGUGAGAUCUGGAACCAUCUUCGAUAACUUCCUGAUCACAGAUGAUGAAGAGUACGCCGAUAAUUUUGGCAAGGCCACCUGGGGUGAGACGAAGGGCCCAGAAAGAGAGAUGGACGCCAUCCAAGCCAAAGAGGAAGCGAAGAGGGCCCGUGAGGAGGAUGAGGAGGAGUUCCUGAUGAGCAAGUCUGAUGGGAAAGCAAACGACUUCAGGAGAUUUCACAGGAGGGACGAACUGUAG